AUGGCAGAUGAAAAUAAUCACAUGGACGAGAAUAAUAAUAAUAAUUCUAAAUUAUGGCAUUAUAUUAGGCGGGUGUUGUUUAUAUGGUUUGUUAGUAAAUCCUUGAGUUAUUUCAUUGGUUUGGGUAUUGGCAAUGGCAGCGUAACUAAUCCACCUCCAAUCACAUCCCCCCAUUCCCCGCUUACACCGAAACACGUUACCAGUCUCUGGGACACCCACACUAAUAUGGAUUUAUACAUUAAACUCAGCACACUCGAUCACCCAGAUAUCACCAGCAACGACGACGACGACGAAUCCACCCUCCCUCACCUUCUCUGGGAAAACAUCCACUACGGUGACUGGAACCUACACAGAGAAGCCACUCUAGAUUUACACCUCCCUCCCAGCGUCACUCACCACAACCACUCCCUCUACGCUGAUUUCUAUCUCUAUAAACAUGGCAGUCUUCUUAAUAGCAGCGAUAGUAAUUUCGACCCUCUGUCUCUUGUUCACUCCCGUAAACCUCUCAUUCGCUACCUUCCAAAGCAAAAAGAGCGUAAACAGGUCAAUUUGUUGGAGGGUGAUAGCGAGGUUGAUAACACUGACGAUGUCAUUAAUCAAUCACAGCAAUCAAUACAACCUUUAUACACCCCUUACUACCAUCCCUCUCUCCCCCUCAACAUGAUCCAAGACACCAGCAUGAAAAUUCCCUACACCUCAUCCCCACCACCCACACGCUCUUACAUCUCCUUAGACCCUUCAAACUCGUACCAUUACCCCAUCCUUUACCCAAACGACUUAUGGCUCCUUCGCAGUCAGUUGAUUGAAAUUAACUCCACAACUACUUGCCUCCCCUUGACAAUAACACUCGACUCUCUCACAUUCUUCAAAUUCAAUCUCUACGCCAACAUAAACGAGGGUAUUGAGCGGAGUGCCCAGCAGCAAGGUACAGCAGGUGAACUUGACGAGUUUAAACGCAUGAUCCUCGAAACAAAUCCUUACUUCCUCGCACUUACCAUGUUAGUAACUCUCCUUCACACCCUCUUUGAAUUCCUCGCUUUCAAAAGCGACGUCAGUCACUGGCGGGAUGAGAAUCACGACAUGGUUGGUGUCUCACUCAACUCAAUACUCGCAAAUAUAGCAGUCCAGCUGAUUAUCCUGCUUUAUCUCCUCGACAACAACGACAAUGCAAGCUGGACAAUUAUCGGUGGUCAGGGUGUAGGGCUGGUGAUAGAGAUGUGGAAGGUUACCAAGGCGGUAGAUGUGGGUGUGAUGCGUAGUGAAAACAGAUGGUUACCUCACAUCCGCUGGUCUGACAAGAAGCAACUCACCGCCGAAGAAAAGAAAUCACGCGAAUAUGACACCCUCGCUUUCAAAUACGUCAGCUGGGUGAUGAUACCCAUCCUACUCGCUUAUACCAUCUACUCCCUCCUCUACGACACACAUAGAGGGUGGUACAGUUUCGUUGUAUCUACACUCACAUCCUUCGUCUACGCGUUCGGGUUCGUUCAGCUCAUCCCACAACUCAUUAUCAAUUACAAACUUAAAAGCGUUGCUCAUAUGCCAGGACGCGCUAUGGUUUACAAAACACUAUCGACCGUUAUAGACGACUUGUUCUCGUUUAUUAUUAAGAUGCCACUCCUUCAUCGCCUCAGCUGCUUCAGAGACGACGUCGUGUUCAUCAUCUACCUCUACCAGCGUUGGAUAUACGCGGUGGAUCCUGAUAGAUUGAAUGAAUAUGGCCAGGCUACGGAUGAGAAGGUGAACAAAGUGAAUGGGGCGAGUAAGGUGGAGAGCAAGAAAGAUCAAUAG